UCUCAGGCACGCGGAGGCAAUGGCAGGACGGAAACGUAACGGUCAGCGAGGCAACAGGGGUGGUGGUGGUGGCGGUGGCGGCACGCCGAGGCAACCACAACAACAGAACCAGCAACAGCAGCAGCGCCGGAGACGAAAGCCACGGCAGACAUUGUCACAUCCUGCCAUCUUUGCUCGGUCGAAAGGCAGUGAGACAGACGUCCCCUAUGAGAGAGUGACACUCGAACAGGCCAAAAAAGGAACACCAGCGGACCGACCUGUGAGGGUGUACGCUGAUGGCAUAUUUGACCUCUUCCACUCGGGCCAUGCCCGGGCCCUCAUGCAGGCCAAGAACCUCUUCCCCAACACAGAGCUCAUAGUAGGAGUCUGCAGCGAUGAGCUCACACACAAGUACAAGGGUUACACAGUGAUGUCAGACAAGGAGCGCUAUGAGUCCCUGAGACAUUGCCGCUAUGUAGACGAGGUGGUCCGCGACGCCCCCUGGACCCUCAGCGCUGAGUUCCUCAAAAUGCACAGGAUUGACUUUGUGGCUCACGAUGACAUCCCAUACACGUCAGCAGGCUCGGAUGAUGUCUACAAACACAUCAAGGAUGCCGGGAUGUUUGUGGCUACGCAACGGACAGACGGAAUCUCCACCUCGGACCUCAUAACCCGCAUUGUGAGAGACUACGAUGUUUAUGUGCGGCGCAACCUGCAGAGAGGCUACAGCGCCAGAGAACUGAACGUGGGAUUCAUCAAUGAGAAGAAGUACCGUCUGCAGAACCGGAUGGACAGGAUGAAGGAGACGGUACACACGCUGGAGGAGAAGAGCAAGCACCUGGUGCACCGCGUGGAGGAGAAGAGCCACGACCUCAUCCUCAAGUGGGAGGAGAAGUCGCGCGAGUUCAUCGGAAACUUCUUGGAGCUCUUCGGCCCCGACGGAGCCUGGCACAUGAUCCAGGAGCGCAGUGGCCGCGUGCUCCAGGCGCUGUCCCCGUACUCAUCCCCACGCGGCUCUCCCAGCAGCAGUCCCACCAGAGGCCGCUCCCCCUCCCCACCGUCCCACUGGCCCACACUGGGCUUCAGGUCCCCGCCGCCCUCUGCCAAAACCCGCCGCGGCAGUCCUGGAAGUCCUGGCAGCCCCAGCAGUGGUGGCAGCGGGGCUGAGGAAUGAAAAUAAAUGUGCUCUCACAUCAUGCAUACAGACACAUACAUACACACACAUGCACGCACGCACACACACACACACACACUCAGAUGCACCUACACAUAGCAAACACACGAUUAUAUGUGCAGACAGAGCAACUGUUUUGAAUAGUGUUGCCAGGCAGUAUGCAUUACCCCACUGAUAUUUUUUUAUUAGGACCACGUACAUAAACAGCCUCAAGUUCCUCUUUAGACUAUCAGCCUGACUUUUCUGCUGUUCUUUCCCUUACACACAGCACAGGAUUUGCUCUGGGUAUUAUUAUCGGUGUCUACAAAAGUAAAACUAGUGUACAUACACCAUAAUUACUAGAACUCUCUCAACUCUACAAUUCAUCAUUGUUUAAUUACAUUGACAUUCAUGGAUGUGAUUAUACCUUCUCUGUAAAGCUGCUUGAACAGCUAUUUAUCAUACUUUUGGUGUUAUUUAAAAGAAUUAUAUUAGAUUUCAAAUAAAACAAAAGAUCCAUAA